CCGAAUCAGGAAUGCAUUUCGAUUAUUUUGGUCUGUCGGCUGGGGUUUGAGCCACGGUCCACAGCGCGAGCUCCCGCCCGUCUACCCACUGGAGACUCACCGAACUGCAUAAAGAAAAACCCAACUGAUCCGGCGCGGCAAGGUAACGUGAGAGUGCCAUGCUUGUCAGAGGGGUGAGAGAGUGAGGCGAUGGGCUGCACCUCCGCUAAGCAGGUGUCGGCCGUGCCCAGCGAUGAGGAGGGCCGGGGCAAGGCCUACAGCAACGGGGACGUCUUCACCGAUGAGUACAAGAUGAAGGGAGUGGAGGAGGUGAAGUACAUACGCGGAGAGGAGGACAGAGUGAACACCCGCAACCAGGAGAACCUGGAAAAGUGCGCAAGUUCCUACAGGGGAAAACAAAAGGAGGUCCCAGGAACGAAUGGCAACAAGACGAACAUCCACACGUCAGAGAGCCAGCAGGAGUUCUUCAGGAUGCUGGAUGAGAAGAUUGAGAAGGGACGGGACUACUGCUCUGAGGAAGAGGAGGAGGUGACAUAGCACAACGGCCUUCAAGUCUGCCCCUCAGCGGCCCCCUUCCCCCAUACCCAAGAGAGACAACUUGAGACUGUGUGUGUGCGUAUGUGUGUGCGUAUGUGCGUGUGUGUGUGUGUGUGUGUGUGCGCCUGUGUUUGUGGAAGAGAGACCGUGAGAGCGAAGGUUGGCGUGCUAUUUUGGACCAAUGAGAGCUACCCUGAUUUGGGACAAGCCUGCUGGAAGGGAGGGAGGGAGAGAGAGAGGGUCCAUCUGUCCCUCUUUCCCUCCGUCCCGCACGAAGACAGCUCUGCCCCCCCCCCCCCCAUGCUCCCCCGAGGAGACGACUCCCUGAACGGAGGGACCGGGACUGUAAAAAUGGAGCAGGAUGUGGAAAAGCGUGCGCUCGCUCUCACUUCCUGCCCCGCUCUCCUCUCCGCCCGGCCCUGUGAGACGGGCUGCACACGCUCACUCCUGCAGGAAGGGAGGGAGGGAUGGAGGGGGCGUGGCCUUCCUGCUGUCAUGUGAACUGAGAAUGAACUCUGGAGUGAUGCUGGUGACCUGAGAGCCAAGAGCAUUUGAAUGGGGGGUGGGGGUUACAGAGGGGUGGGUGGUAAGAGAUAUUUAGAUUUGUUAGAAGCUACAGACAGAACGAAAAGUUAUUUGAGGACUCACUCCAGCCUUUAAAAAACGUUUUUCUUUUUUUCCCUCAAUACUGUACCGUUUUUACGUUUUCUUGUCGUUGGUCUCUAUGUCUUUGGCUUCUGUCUCAGUGCAGCCCUUCCCUCCGGCUAGCUAAACGUCUAAGUGGUGAAAAGGUGAAAGGUUGCAGGGUUCCUGUGCCCCAGGCUGUGUCUCUGUGUUUAAACCCCUCUUUCUCAAGGGACUCUUUAAAAGCCAUGACACUAAAGCACAUGACCUGUCACUCACGCGGCCCGCGGCACUGAUCGACCCCGCCCCCAGCGUCCCGGUGUGUCCAAUCAUGUUUCCCGCCCCUGUGUGUGCAGUUUGGGCUUCAAAUCAUUCCUCAACUUCGGCAGUAUUACAGCUCAGUGGCAGUCCACACACACACACACUCUCAGCACACUUGCGCACCCACGCACACCUUUGCUUACUUGGACAAAGACUGAACCAUUGGAGCGGGGGUCACCUAGAGGCACAGACCUGAUCAUGCUUCUGUCUUCAUUUAUGGAUUAUUCCUUUUUUUAUUUUUGAUGGGUUAUUUUUUUGUGUGUUUUUCUAUUAAAAUAAACACAGGAGCUGUUUAUACAACGGUGUAUCUGCCCAAUAUGCCUGGUCCCUGAUUAUGACGUCAGCGGCCGUGUGUCUGUUGAGUGGACGCUGAGAAGGAAUCAUGGUGACGUCACAUCCCCUGGGAGAAUUCUUGAAAGUCAACAAUCUUCCUGCCAGGCUAAUGGUUCACGGUUCUUGACACUGGAGGAUGUGGAUGUGUGCUGCCAUCUAGUGUUUAUGUAGUGCCACAUAUAUAAACGACCCAAACUUGUAGGGGGGCGGUAAUCCAUCCAUUCCCAAUCAAAGGCCGACAGCCUUUAAGAGUCCUAAUACUCGUUCCUUUCCCCGCGUACUGUAGUAUAAGAAUUAAAUAGGAAGCAUAUGCCUUCCCGUAUUAGCGAACCGUGUUGGUCGGUUCUGGCGACUGAGGUAUAUUCCUAAAAAUAUGAGUGCUUCUAUUCCAGUAAUGUGUCUAGUGCUAUUCCGCUUUGGUGCGAGGCUGAUACGCUGGCACCGUUCAUAUGGAUUGGUCAGCUGAGCACCAGAGACCUUAGCACAGAACCAAAUGGGGACAUAUCGACCCCCCAGGGAGUAUUUGCUUCGGGGAUGGAUGGAUGGACGGAUGUCCUCGUGCCUGAGUGCGCCAUGUUAAAAGGACCAAAAACGGUUACAUUUUCAAUAUUUUAUUUAUAACACUUGAAUUUAUUAAUUUUCUGACCCGUGUACUAUUGAUUAAGCUACAUUGGCUUUUGAAAAUAUUUUGUUGCGGGAAAAUGUGUUCAUUGACUUUCAGCACUGAUGGUUACAUUGUUCACAGAUCCAAAAGGACAGUAGUUCUAAAAGUUGUAUAGAUACCCCAAUUGUAGGUAUUGUGAAAAGAUCGUUUUAUGUCAAAACUGGUGUGCACUCAGGAAAAAAGGUAUAAAAAAGUGUCUUUAAAUGUA